GAAGCUAUGAGUGAAGAUGGGUUUCUGGGAUUUCCCUUUUAUGCUCAAGGCGUUCCGGUUCAGACGACUUGUAGUUAGAGACGGAAGAAGAAGAAAGAAGAAGAAACCAUCAUGGUUAACUCCGGUUUCUCAUGGAUACUAUACUAUCGACCGGUUAAGCCACAUCGACCGUUCAUCGAGUGCCGAUUCGGUUUUUGUACAGAGAGAGCAGCAAAAUGAAGAGCUUGAGAUUUGGUUAUUUGCAGUCUCAAAUGCUGGAACAGGAAAAGAGAUUGUUAAAUAUAUACAGAAUCAUCUCUUCGAUAAGCUCCCCAAUGAGCAUGGGAUAAUGAGAAAGUGUAAAGAGACUAUGAGAAGAGCGUACGUCGAGGAAAAAAGAAGCGGUGGCUCGGCCGCUUCGGUGACGGUGGUGAACGGAGAAAAGCUAGCCAUGGCUAGUAUCGGCGGCCAUAGAGUGGUGGUUUGCAGAGACGGCGAGGCUCAUCAAAUCAAAGAUAAUAACCGGAAAUCCUCAACAAGAAAUUGGUCAAAUUUUAUUUUCCCAGUUUGUUAUCAACGUGAAAUGGAAGAUGAAUCAGAUCCAAGAAAUCAAGAACUUGCUUUGGUUACAGAAAAGAUUGAUUCAGAUAUAGAGUUUAUCAUUAUCGGUAGCUCAGGAAUCUGGGAGGUGAUAAAGAAUGAAGAGGCGAUUAAUCUAAUCAGACACAUCGAAGAUCCACAAGAAGCUGCAAAAUGCUUAGCCAAAGAAGCUUUAAACAGGAUUAGCAAAAGCGAAAUCUCUUGUAUUGUGAUUAGGUUUGACUAAACCGGUUUUUGUGUAAUUCCGGUAGAUUUAAAAUUAAA